CAAAAUAACAGACGAGGCUUGAUGAACACAAUUCGAUUCGAGCAACUAACUAGCAAGAUUCCAUAUUGGAACUUUGGUUAAAAUCAAAUCCAAAUCGACGCAUCACAAAAAUCCUAAUAAUGAGAGGAGUUCGAUAGCUUGGGAAUGAAUUUCUCUCUGCUUUCGCCCAAGAAGUAUGUUUAAGAGGCAAACAUAUGAGCUCACCACACAGGCUAGGCUUUCCCAGCAAUGCUGAGGUAACCACGCCUUACACCCUGAGUUUACCUACAAUGGACGACACAAAACAGUAGAACAUCUGCGAUAUAGAUAGACAACCAACAAACCCAGCUCCAACGGGAGCAGCUGCUGCGAUGCCUGGAAUUGAACUCGACAAGCCCUCUACGGCUCCCAUCGAGGACUCGACCGAAGAGAUCAAGUUCGAGGAGACCUUCCUCAAUGAUGAACCGAAAGCCGUCAUGCGCGAUCAUGAAGGCAAAGUCGCCUAUCCCAAUUUUAUACCGCCGGGCAUCGAUUCACCUGCUUCGCAGAAGACCGAGUCUUCUACGAUGCUCGCAUCUGCAAAGGAUCCCAAAACGGUUACGGGACCCAAGAAAUCGCAUUCCCUACCUCCAUCUAACGCACGCAAGACCCAGCCCACGUCCAAAGCGCUUGAAACCGAGAGACCCUCUCUCGAAGGAACUAGAAAGUUUCUAACCGAUGCGCCGCGACGAGGCGAUUGCCACUCUGUUUCGACAAUCCCCGUCAUCAGGCGCGCAGGCACCAAUGCAUCCAUGCUAAAUCGAGCCUUGUGGGAUCGCAUGGCCCAGGAAGAAGACUCCGAUAGUUCACUUUUGUCCGAUGAGGAUGAUGAGGAGGAAGGCGUACGAGCAGGUCAAGCGGGCAGUCGGCCAAAAGAGCGGACGAGCGAGGACAUGUAUCGACGGUUUCAGGUCGCCAACGACAACUACAAUACCAAGGGCAAAAUAUCCAAAAGAGAUGGACGUCUCAACAUCACGGUCAACGAUACGAGCAAUACGGGAUAUCUGGCCAAGGCCUUGGGAGCGGCUGUGAAGAGGGUCGUGCCCAAAUCAGGUGGCAAAUGUGUACAAGGUAACCGCCCGACUACCUCGAGGCUCUCUUCGGUGACUACUGCUACAUCGGAGAGCAUAGGGCGUCCAAGCCUGAAUAUCGUCAUCAUGGUCAUUGGCUCGAGAGGGGAUGCGCAACCGUUUCUCAAGCUCGGAAAAAUAUUGAAGGAGGACUACGGACACCGAGUUCGAAUCGCCACCCAUCCCGCGUUUCGAGAUUUUGUCGAAAAGGAUUCUGGUCUCGAAUUCUUCUCCGUCGGGGGAGACCCUUCUGAGCUAAUGGCCUUCAUGGUCAAAAAUCCUGGCAUGAUCCCCAAACUGGAGACUGUGAAAGCAGGCGACAUUGGUCGCCGACGAGCGGCCAUGGCCGAGAUGUUCGACGGAUUUUGGCGCGCGUGCAUCAAUGCGACCGACAACGAAAAGGACACCCACAACCUGAAGAUGAUGGGCGAUAGGUCCCCGUUCGUCGCAGAUGCCAUCAUCGCGAAUCCGCCCAGUUUUGCGCACAUGCACUGCGCCGAGGCCCUUGGCAUUCCGUUACAUCUUAUGUUUACGUUUCCUUACACUCCAACGCAAGCAUUUCCUCAUCCCCUGGCGAGCAUCAAGAAGUCCAAUGUGGACCCUGGGUACACCAAUUUCAUAUCCUACCCCCUGGUUGAGAUGAUGGUCUGGCAGGGGCUUGGAGACCUGGUCAAUGACUUUAGAAUCAAGACCUUAGGAUUGGAUCCCGUCUCGACACUGUGGGCACCGGGAGCAACGUAUCGUCUCCAUGUGCCAUUCACAUACCUGUGGAGUCCUGGGCUUGUGCCAAAGCCCGAGGACUGGGGCGAAGAGAUUGACAUCUCCGGAUUUGUGUUCUUGGAUCUGGCGUCUUCCUUCGAACCUCCGAAAGAUCUAGUCGAGUUUCUCGACGGAGGCGAUAAACCGAUCUACAUUGGCUUUGGUUCCAUUGUCGUGGACGAUGCUGAUAAGUUUACCGAAAUGAUUUUCGACGCGGUUGAGCGAGCGGGUGUACGAGCACUUGUGUCCAAGGGGUGGGGCGGACUUGGGCAAGACAAUGUCCCCGAUACCGUUUACAUGCUUGGAAAUACUCCACAUGACUGGCUCUUUCCCCAAGUGAAAGCUGCCGUCAUCCACGGCGGUGCCGGCACUACUGCGAUUGCGCUCAAGUGUGGUAUUCCAACGAUGAUUGUGCCCUUCUUCGGCGACCAGAACUUCUGGGGCUCCAUGGUUGGCAGUGCCCGUGCCGGGCCGGAUCCUGUGCCCUACAAGAAAUUGAAUGUCGAAAAACUUGCGGAAGGCAUCAAAUUCUGUCUCACAGACGAAGCCCGUGACGCGGCGCAAUCUAUUGCUAGGGAUAUCGAGCUGGAAGGUGACGGAGCUAAGAACGCAGUCAGAUCAUUCCACCACCACCUGACACUAAGCGGUGAGCAGUCGAUGCGCUGUUCGGUACUGAGUGAUCGCGUUGCAGUCUGGAAGGUCAAAGAUACAAGCCUUAAGCUCAGCGCCUUGGCUGCCGAUAUUCUUGUUGAAAAGGGGUACUUAUCCUGGCGCAAGCUCAGACUCGUUCGUCACAAGGAAUGGAAUGAUUUUGAAGGCCCUGGUGAACCACUUACAGGUAUAGCCGGCUCCCUCAUGGGCACGGUGGGUGAUUUCUUCGGCGGCUUUGGCAGUGUUCCAUAUCGCUUAGCCAAGACAUCCAACAAGCGCGCCGAGCGGAAGAAGGCGAGGGCAGAGAGGCAUGCGGCCAGGCGAAAACGCAAAUCGCAGCAGAAGAAGAACAAGAAGGUACAUGAGCACAAACUCAACAACAACAUAGUAACCGCCAACGAUUGUACAGAUGCUAGUGGGUCUGCUGGCUUUCCCUUCCCUGACGCACGCAUCGAGGCUAAGGACCAGGCGCCUGGUCAAAAAACACACCAGCAGAUUGAAUCAGUGCCAAAUCCCGACAUUUGCCUUACCGACACCGAAACGCCAGGAACCGGGGGUACCGACAUGUCGGUUGAUGACAAUCCGGCAGAAGAAUAUGCGAAUGAUUUCUCGGAAGGCUUGGCCAAAUCCGGACGUGCUAUUGCUCAUGCCCCGGUUGAUCUGUCAAUGGCCAUUGCUCAGGGUUUUCACAACGCUCCUCGAUUAUACGGUGACGACACUGUGAGACGGCCUCCGCGUGUGACAGGCAUGCGCUCCGGUCUGCGCGCCGCCCGAUCCGAAUUCUUUUACGGUGUCUAUGAUGGCGUUACGGGCAUCGUGCGACUCCCUGUCAAAGGAGCAAAAGAAGAUGGAGUUAGGGGUGCUCUUGCAGGGGUCGGCAUGGGGAUCGGCGGUUUCGUCCUCAAAGAUUUGGCGGCCUUGGCCGCGCCGUUCGGGUACACAUUGAAGGGUAUUGCCAAACAAAUUGAGAAACAAGGCGCGCCUAUUAAGUAUAUCAGGCGUGCUCGCAUCGUUCAGGCCCAACGCGAGAUGUUUGGUAUGUCCGAGGAAGAGCGGAAGGCGCUAUCGCAAGAAGUAUACAAGGGCUGGGAUGUAAUGAGGCAGCUGUCUUCCGUUAUCAUGCGCGAGAACAGCAAACGGGGGCUUAUGGGUCAUCUUGAGGUGUUUGGUGGGAAGAGGGGGAAAAAGGGACAGCAACUUGGUAAAUGGGGCAUGGGUAGGGCGUUCGAGAGCGUACAAAUCGCGGAAAAAGCUAUAGCCGCUAUCCAGCGGGGAGAGAAUGUGGAGGAUGUGCUGGGCAAGGAGACGAAGCCUGAGGUCAGCAGCAGUACUAAUAAUAAGAAGAGUGAGGAUACGAAACGGAAGAGUGUGGAUACGCACAAGAGCGAGGAGAGGAGGGUUUUAAAUCAAGAGACCACAGUCAGGAAUGAGAUUCAGGAUGAGGCGGAAAUGAAUGCGAGGAGGGCUGUUGAAGAGGACGUUGAGACCGAGGGGGCGCCGGGGCAGAGACAAGAUGCUACGCCGACGGAGAUAUAUCCUGGUCACUAG